AAGAAAUCCACAGACAUUUGAAUUGUUCCCCUCCAGAGAUGUGAUAAUGGAUCAUCAUGUUUCCACCAUCAAACCUCGAAGAAUCCAGAACCAAAAUGUCAUUCACCGCUUGGAACAGCGACGAAUCAGCUCAGGCAAGGCAGGUACCCACUGGCAUCAGGUCCGAGUAUUCCACCAGAAUGUCUUCCCCAACUUCACAGUCGUCAAUGUUGAAAAGCCUCCUUGUUUCUUGCGUAAAUUCUCGCCUGAUGGGCGCUACUUUAUUGCUUUCUCUUCAGACCAGACCUCUCUUGAAAUCUAUGAAUACCAGGGCUGCCAGGCAGCUGAGGACUUACUGCAGGGCUAUGAGGGGGAGAUCCUGUCCAAUGGCAAUGACCAGCGGUCAGUCAACAUCCGCGGCCGGCUCUUUGAACGCUUUUUUGUCCUGCUGCAUAUUACCAACGUAGCUGCCAACGGGGAGCACCUGAACCGGGAGUGUAGCCUCUUCACCGACGACUGCCGGUGUGUUAUCGUGGGCUCAGCUGCCUACCUCCCGGAUGAGCCGCACCCGCCUUUUUACGAGGUGUAUCGGAACAGUGAAUCUGUGACCCCCAACCCACGGUCCCCUCUGGAGGACUAUUCCCUUCACAUCAUUGACCUUCACACUGGCCGCUUAUGUGAUACCCGCACCUUCAAGUGUGAUAAAGUGGUCCUGUCGCACAACCAAGGGCUGUACUUGUACAAAAACAUCCUGGCCAUCUUGUCGGUGCAGCAGCAGACGAUCCACGUCUUCCAGGUGACCCCUGAAGGCACUUUCAUUGAUGUGAGGACCAUCGGCCGCUUCUGCUAUGAGGAUGACCUCCUCACCGUGUCAGCCGUUUGCCCGGAGGUGCAGCGGGACAGUCAGACGGGCAUGGCCAACCCUUUCAGAGACCCCUUCAUCAACUCCCUGAAACACCGACUGCUCGUGUACUUGUGGCGCCGGGCAGAGCAGGAUGGUAGUGCGAUGGCCAAGAGGCGCUUCUUCCAGUAUUUUGACCAGCUGCGGCAGCUGCGCAUGUGGAAAAUGCAGCUUCUGGACGAAAACCAUCUGUUUAUCAAGUACACCAGUGAGGACGUGGUAACCCUGCGGGUCACAGAUCCAUCACAGGCAUCUUUCUUUGUGGUAUACAAUAUGGUGACAACAGAGGUGAUUGCCGUGUUUGAGAAUACAUCAGAUGAGCUUCUAGAACUCUUUGAGAACUUCUGUGACCUCUUCCGUAACGCUACCCUACACAGUGAAGUCCAGUUUCCCUGCUCAGCUUCCAGCAACAAUUUUGCAAGGCAGAUCCAGCGCCGGUUUAAAGACACUAUUGUAAAUGCCAAGUACGGAGGGCACACAGAGGCAGUGCGCCGGCUGCUGGGCCAGCUCCCCAUCAGUGCCCAGUCUUACAGCGGUAGCCCCUACCUUGAUUUGUCUCUCUUCAGCUACGAUGACAAGUGGGUGUCUGUCAUGGAGCGACCCAAGACUUGUGGAGAUCACCCUAUCAGCCUCUCCACCAGGAGUCGAUCCCAUCUCAAGAAACCACCUUCUUUGCUCUUCCACGAGAAGCAGCUCCUCAUCCGUUCAAGUUUGAUCAUGAGAUCACAGCAGUUUAGUCCCAUCUUCAGGCUCCAUGUCUAUUCCUAGUUCUCUUGCUGUUUCCACCACAUCUGCAGUGACUUCCUCCACGGACGUCAUGAACCCCUCAAAGUCAUCCACGAGGGUUGGAAUCAACUUCUUCCAAACUCCUGUUAAUGUUGAUAUACUGAUAUUUUGACCUCUUUCUGUAAAUCACGAAUGUUCUUUUUUUUUUUUAUUUUUAUUUUUAUUUUUAUUUUUUUUAAAGAUUUUAUUUAUUUAUUCAUGAGAGACAGAGAGAGAGCGGCAGAGGGAGAAGCAGGCUCCCAAGGAGCAGGGAGCCCGAUGUGGGACUCGAUCCCAGGACCCUGGGAUCAUGACCUGAGCUGAAGGCAGACGCUUAACCAUCUGAGCCACCCAGGUGUCCCAAUCACGAAUGUUCUUAAUGGCAUCCAGAAUGGUGAAUCCUUUCCAGAAGGUUUUCAAUUUACUCUGCCAGAUCCAGCAGAGGAAUUACUAUGUAUGGCAGCUAUAGUCUUACAAAAUGUAUUUCUUAAAUAAUAAGACUUGAAAUUACUUCUAGAUCCAUAGGCUGCAGAAUGAAUGUUGUAUCAGCAGGUGUGCAAAGAACAUCUGUCUCAUGCAUCUCCGUCAGCUCUUGGGGGACCAGGUGCAUUGUCAAUGAGCAGUAAUAUCUUGACAGGAAUCUUCUGAGCAGUAGGCCUCAACAGUGAGCUUGAAAUAUUUAGUAUGCCAUAUUGUGAACAUAUGUACUGUCCGGGCUUUGUUGUUCCGUUGAUGGAGCACAGGCAGAGUGGCUUUAGCCUAAUUCUUCGGGUCCCUAGGAUUUUCAGAAUGGCACAUGAGCGCAAGCUUCAGCUUAAAGUCAGCAUCUGCAUUAGCCCCUAACGGUAGAGUCAGCCCGUCCUUUGAAGCUUUGUAGCCAGGCCCCGACCUCCCCUCUCUGGCUGUGAAAGUCCUAGAUGGCAUCGUCUUCUGAUAGAAGGCUGUUUGGUCCACACUGAAAAUCCGUUGUGUAGUGGAAGCACCUUCAUGAAUGAUCUCCGCCAGAUCUUCUGGAGACCUCGCUGCGGCUUCACCUCGCAGUUUGGAGUUACAGAGACGGCGUCUUUCCUUAAACCUCAUGAACCAACUCCGCUAGCUUCAGACUUGUCUUCUGCAGCCUCGUGCCCUCUCUCCGCCUUCACAGAAUUGAAGAGAGUGAGGCCUCGCUCCGGAUUAGGCUUUGGCUUAAGGGGAUGUUGUGGCUGUUGGCGCUUCUGUCCAGACCGCUAAGUCUUUGUCCAUAUCAGCAGUAAGGCUGUUUCACUUGGUUAUCAUUCAUGCGCUCGCUGGCGUGGCACUUCUCAUGUCCUUCCAGAACUCUUCCUUUGCAUUCACAACUUGUCUGUUUGGGGCAGGCGGCCUGGCUUUCGGCUUAUCUAGACUUUCAACACACCUUGCUCUCACUGAGCCUACUCAUUUCUAGCUUUUUUGAAAGUGAGAGAUGUGUGACUCUUCCUUUCACUUGGACACUUAGAGGCUAUCGUCGGGUUGUUGAUUGGCCUACUUUCAAGUAGGGAUCAGGGAGGCCCGAGGAGAGGGAGAGAGAGGGGUGAACAGCUGGUGGACGGAGCAGUCCGAACACACACAAAACCAUUACAUAACAUCAAAGAUCACGGGUCACAGAUGGCCCUAAUAUAAUAAUGAAAAACUGAAAUACUGCACGAAUUACCAAAUGUGAUACAGAGGCUCAAAGUGAGUAAAUGCUAUUAGAACAAUAAACUUGCUAGACGUGGGGUUUGCCCUGUGAAACCGCGGUGUCUGAGGAAUACAAUAAUAUGAGGUAUGCCUGCGCCUUUCUCCCAGUCUUAAAGAGAGAGGUGCCCUGGUGUCGCUCUGGCUCACCCAUUGCGCCUUCAGUGAAGCUGCCAGGUAACCAGUCUGAGCGCGGAGCAGGGAAGAAGGAGCCACGGAGUGGAUGGCCGUGUUGGGGGAGCCCGCGGCUUCUCUGUGUCUUGUUUUACUGACUCUGAUGAUGAAGGCCUGGCUGCCACCAGAAGCGGGGUUCCUGGGCCCUGUGCUGCACGUGCUGUUCGUCUUCCUCAGACUAGAGAUGUCCUGAUCGUCAGCUACUGUUUCUCUUCCAAACUUAGUAAUUAACUUCCCAGGGUUAGGAGAGGAGACAGUCACUUAGCUUCAAUUAAUUGUUGAAAGAGCAGAGAGGGGUCUAUGUUUCUACUAAAAGGAAAAAAAAAGGGAGGGAUUGGAAAUAUUCUGAGUGGGGGAACGCAGAAGGAAAAUAAAGGUGAUUUCCAAACUCAGUUUCUUCUCUCUUGUCUUUAAAGGUUUUUUUGGGGGGGGGGCGGUGUUAGGAGGUUUUAAAUCUGUCCUUAAGGAAGGAUGUAUUACUCAGAAUAAGUUGCCUCUAGAUUGUUUUCCAAAGUCAGUUGUUAAAAAAAAUUUUUAAAUGUCAAUCUGGUUAAAUUUUUUUUUUAAGAAUAAAGCUUAUCUGAAAAGUGAUUGUCAACUCAGGGUAGGUUACAGAUAAAAUCGAGGUAGUGGGCAUGUUAGAAUCUUGAGGGAAGUUUCUUUGAAAAAAGUUGAUAUUUUUAUUGGGAGAAUGAAAAAAAUGUUAAGUUUUCAUAUUACAGAUUGCAGAGAGUUAAAAAAAUCUCUGAUGAGGCUAUGCAGAAGAAAAGGAUUCAUAAUUGAGACACAUCUCCUCAAAAUCUUGGAGGGACAUGAGAUUGUCCUGGUUGUCAAAUAGGGGGAUGAGUUUUAGAAGGUUGAAAAGUGUUGUGUUAGGAAAAUAGUGAUUUUUUGGAAAGGCAGAGUGGAAAGAGCUGGAGUGGAACUCAGGUACAUUUCUGUGGGUCUUGCAAAGAGUGGGUUCCGGGAAGGGCAGGCAGAAUGCCAAGGUCAGAGAAAGACGGGAGACCCUCACAAAGUGGACCGGUGAUUACCCAGGUGCUCUUGGCUUCCUGAUUUCGGUUUAUAAUUGUGCAGUGAGUAAGCCCCUUUUCAGAAGUGGGGGAAAGGGGCAUCUGGGUGGCUCAGUUGGUUAAGCAGCUGCCUUCAGCUCAGGUCAUGAUCCCAGGGUCCUGGGAUCGAGCCCCGCAUCGGGCUCCCUGCUCAGCGGAGAGCUUGCUUCUCCCUCUCCCUCUGCCUGCCACUCUGCCUACUUGUCCUGUCUCUCUGUCAAAUAAAUAAAUAAAAAAUAUCUUAAAAAAAAAAAAAAAGAAGUGGGGGAAAAAAGCCAAUGAAGUUGAAUACAUACAAAUGGAAACUUAUGGGUCUGCCUUCAGCUCAGGUCAUGAUCUCAGGGUUCUGGGAUCGAGCCCCACAUCAGGCUCCCUGCUCAGUGGGGAGCCUGCUUCUCCCUCUCCCUCUGUGUUCUCUCUCUCUCUCUCUCAAAUAAAUACAUAAAUAAAUCUUUAAAAAAAGCAAAAAACAAAUGGAAACUUAUUCAUAACAAAAAUUAUCAAAAAUCAAAUGACAAAUGACGAGACAUUUAUCAAAGGAUUGAUUUCCUUAGUCUAAAACAUUUUAAAAAUAUAUAAUGAAAAGAUGAACAAUCCCAAGCGAAAAAUGGGCAAAGAGUCUUAUUAGCAGGGUGUUCACAGAAACAAUAAAUACACAUGAUCCAGAGCUAUAUGAAAAUGUUUGUGAUACUUAUUUUUCACCCAUCAGAUUAGCAAAGGUUAAAUGUUUGAUGACCCCAUAUCAUCAAGAAUGUAGUGUGCUCUCCCCACACUGUUGGUGGGGGAGUAAGCUGACUCAGACUUCCUGAAGGACAAAAGAGCAGUGUCUUUAUAAAGGCUCAUUUUUAAAACCCAGUUAAAUUCUAUGUAUUAAGCAUACGUGAGCAAGACUAUGUGCAAGGCUAUUUCACUGCAGCUUUUUCAUUAUGAGAAAGCAGAAACUACUAACUGCGCAUCCAUAGAGGACAGACAAAAUAAAUGAUAAGAUGUCCAUAAGAUCGGAUCUGAUACAGCUGUUAAAAAUAACGGGGCAGGUCCAUACAUACUGAUUUGGAAAGCUCUGUGAGCCAUUACUAGUAAUUGAGCAGCUGUGUUUAGUGUGAUGCCAUUUUUUGUAAAAGUAAAAAAAAAAAAAAAAAAAAACCUAAAAUAUGUACUGAAAUUGAAGUCAGUAUAGAUAGAAAUAUACACAUGCUCAUCGAGUCGUAGACGACUUUGGAAAGCAAUACUGAAGAUGCUGUUAACAGUAGUUACCUCUGGAGAGCAGACCUGGGAGCAAGGGAAGGUGGGCAUUUACUUUUUAGCUUAUUUCCUUUAUCUUUGUAAUUCUUUAACGUCAGCAUGUAUUACUUAACAUUUUUAAUGAGUUUUUUUUUCAAUUUUUUUAGAAAUUUUAUUUUAUUAUGUUAUGUUAGUCACCAUACAUUACAUCAUUGGUUUUUGAUGUAGUGGUCCAUGAUUCAUUGUUUGCGUAUAACACCAGUGCUCCAUGCAGUACGUGCCCUCUGCUAUAAAGCACAAACCAUAAAAUGUACCAGCGUAUCUCUUCGCGUACAGUUCAGUAUUGUUAAAUAUAUUCCCAUUGCUGUGCGGCCAAUCUCUGCAGCUUUGUCAUCUUGCAGAUCUGAAACUCUAUACCCAUUAAACAGUAAUGCCCCAUUUCCCCCUCACCUGGCCCCUGGCAACCGCCACUGUGCUUUCUAUGAGUUUGACUACUUUAGUGACAUCAUGUAAGUGGGAUCAUACAGUAUUUGUCCAUUUCGGGGUCUUUUUGUGACUGGCUGAUUUCACUUAGCAUAAUGUCCUCAAGGUUUGUCCGUGUUGUAUCUGUGUCAGAAUUUCCGUCAUUUUCAAGGCUGAAUAAUAUUCCAUUAUAUGGUAUACCACACUUUGUUUAUCCAUUCAUCCAUCAGUGGACACUUGGCCUGCUUCUGCCUCUCGGCUAUCACGAAUAGUGCUUCUGUGACCAUGAGUAUGCAAAUAUAUCUUGGAGAUCCUGCUUUCAGUUCUCUUGGAUAUAGACCCAGAAGUGGGAUUUAAUGGGUUUUUUAAAAAAGUAGUUAGCCAAUGAAUUGCCCUGGAGCAGCCGAGGUGGUGUUAGGUGCGCACCCAGUGGGCUAGUUGAGCUGCAGCAUCUGACGCCGGGGUUUUGUUUACUAGCCCCCGGGGGCUGAGCAAUUUUCAUUCCUGCCCCACGAGCCUCUCCUUUGUACAGACAGGAGGGGCCUUCGCAGGCUUGUGCACCCGCUGCUCCCUGCUUGCUCCUGCCUGCAUUAAUUCAGCGCAUUUCUGUGGCUCCCCGAAGGAGGAGAUGCUGCAGCAGCAUUUAAUUAGCGGCCAGGAACAUGCUUUCCCAAGGACGUGACUUAUUUCGCAGCCAGCUGUUGCCAGUGGCUUCCUAGCAACAGGCAGCCCUCACAUCUGAUUGCUUCUCUCCAGACAAGGGGGUGGCCAGUCCACCUGCUGUCACAGCCUAGCAUGGGAGCGCGGGCAAGGGGUCCCUGGGUUGAGGGCUAAUUCCCUAAAAGAAGUAAGUGAUCUGAACCUGGUAUUCCUGCAAAGCCAGAUGUGGUGCCUAAACCUCUUGACGCUUGAACUACCCAUCCCACCCCUCCUUCAAGUUCAUGAUUAGAGCAGACAGAAAGAACCUCACUAGUUAUAACACAGAGUAACAUGGUCUAGAGAGGUCCGCUGGGAUUGUGAAGUGCAGUGGAGAGACUUUGGGGAAGAGAGCAUGAUCUCCCCCAUAGGAGGCAGAGUCUGCCUGUCAGAAUGGACUUGGGGGUGCCCUGGGAGCACCCCGUCUUGGACAAGGGGAAAAGGAAAGCCUCAUCCCUGGGUUUCCUGAGGCUCUGGAAAGAGGGCGUGGGGAGGUAGAUGUCAGUGGCAUCCACCACCCUGAACCUGAACUUGCCAUUCCUCGCGGCGUCUAAGAGAUGGCGGCUCAGGGGCCUGACUUCAGGCCCCGAUUCCUCCCAGAUGCUUCUUCCGUAGAGGCUGCAACUGGAUGUUGUGAGGCAAAGUGCUGCUCAAUGACACGCUUUAUUUGGCACAUGUGGUGAUUUUACAAUUUUGAGGAUUUGUAAAAUAUCCUGCUUUUUCAUGCCGCCAUCAGGAGACCCACAGCCCCGUGGUUAGGGCCCCUCUAGACUAGCUUGUGUAACCCCACUUCACGCCUGUUGCACGCCCAUCUGCAGCCACAGGGGU